AAGAAGGCAUAUUUUCUUGCCUGUGACUAUCUGUAGUUCUUUUUAAUGAGAGCUAAAAGGGAUAAGAAAUGUAUUCUAGCUGAUAAAAAGGAAAGAGGAAUUCCCUGCGGGGAAGGGAAAUGUGGAAAGCAGGUGGAAAAAUAAUAGCAGGCAAUUGUCUCAGUUAUAUAGACAGAUAUCACCUCUAAUACAGGACUUAGUACUGCGAUGCCCCAAACAGACAGUAAGCACUUGUCGUAUGAACGGAAAUAGUGAUGAUUAAGCUGUCACCGAAGAAAAAAGAGUAAAUCAAGAAUCAGAACAAAUGUACCAUUGGUAAGCUACAAAUACAUCAGAUAGCUAAGUUUUCCUUCUUUUCCCUCUCCAAGGGAUUUUAAAUGCCACAGUGUGCCUUUCCAUAGGAAAGACCUCAAACAGGUUAGAACCCUGGUUAUCAAAGGCGCCAAGGCUGUAUUAUCAGUUACUCCAAGUCACCUAAGACAUUUGCACCAGAGCACCCAAAAUACUGUGCCCACGGGACAGUCGUAGUUUCUACACAAAAUAGCAAAGUCCCUAGGCUGAUAUUCCAACAGCGGCAGUGGUGAUGCUCCAGCGCGAAGGCCAGGAAAACAGUGUGCAAUGCCCGUGACUUCCAAAGUAUAUGUAAACACCAAGGUCCAUGCUUAACGACCGAGUGAAGUUAGCUUACGCUGCCGCCUAGAUACUUGUAAUGAAGACUAUCUUCAUAAAGCUCUGAAGCAGCCGACUUGAUUUCAUCAAUGCAGACACCACAGCUGCCCAGAGAACCCGAACACAGUCUAAUUUUCAGAUUGGUCCUUUUGGCCUUCACUCACCCGCCAGUAACCAAAAGUCUUUCCCGGCGCAUGCGCACCACCUGUUUCCGGCCCGGGAGAGCGGUGUUCCGGUCUUUACAGGCCGGGUGGGUUUCCUGUCCCACUUUCCUCUGCCAGGUUUUCUGUGUGCAAUGGGUCCGGACUCGGGUCCUUCUCCCGAAGGGCCGCUCUUAAAGUUGCUACCCUCAGACGCUAGAGACCGGGGCACGCAGCGCUGCCGCCUGGGCCCGGCCGCCCUCCGCACCUUGGGCGCGCACUUGGGCUCGCCGGUGAAGAUCUCGCUGCCCGCCGGUGGCUCCUGCCUCUGCACUGCCUGGCCUCGGCGGGACGGAGCGGACGGCUUUGUGCAGCUGGACCUGCAGUGCGCGAGCCCCGGGGCGGCAGUGGGGGCCCCGGAGAGUCUCAGCCUGAGCCGCCUCUGGCUGGUGCCCUGUCCACCCCUGCGGCGCCUCACCGUGUGGCCAGUGUUGCGGGAGCGGGCAGGCGCGCCUGGUGCCCCGAAUCCACCUGUGGUGCUGGAGGCGGUGGAGGAGCUACUGAGGAACCGGCCGAUCUCCCUGGGCCACGUGGUGGCCGCUCCGCCGGGCGCCCCCGGCCCGGUGGCCGCUCUGCACGUCGUCGGCGGGACGCCCAACCCUGAUCCCGCCGGGCUGGUCACCCCUUGCACCCGCAUCAGCCUCAGCGAGGAGCCUCCGUCUGAAACGCCGCCGCUGCCCGAGGUGCCGCUGGGGGGUCUUUCGGAGGCGGCCGAUUCGCUGCGGGAGCUCCUCUGCCUGCCACUCCGCUACCCCCGCGCCCUGACCACGCUAGGGUUGGCGGUGCCCCGCGGGGUGCUCCUGGCGGGCCCCCCCGGAGUAGGCAAGACCCAGCUGGUGCGGGCCGUGGCCCGGGAGGCGGGCGCGAACCUGCUGGCAGUAAGUGCUUCCGCGCUGCAGGGCACUCGGCCUGGGGAGACCGAGGAGAACGUGCGGCGGGUCUUCCAGCGCGCCCAGGAGCUGGCCAGCCGCGGGCCCAGCCUCCUCUUCCUGGACGAGGUGGACGCCUUGUGUCCCCGGCGGGGCGGUCCACACCGAGCCCCCGAGAGCCGCGUGGUGGCUCAGGUGUUGACGCUGCUGGACGGCAUCCGUGGGGACCGCGAGGUAGUGGUUGUGGGAGCCACCAACAGGCCGGACGCGCUAGACCCGGCGCUACGCAGACCCGGAAGAUUUGACCGAGAGGUGGUCAUUGGAACUCCCACACUUAAACAAAGAAAGGCAAUUCUGCAAGUCAUUACCUCAAAGAUGCCCAUCUCCAGUGGUGUUGAUUUGGGCCAUCUUGCAGAAAUGACAGUUGGCUAUGUUGGCGCUGACCUGACGGCACUCUGUAGGGAGGCUGCCAUGCACUCACUCCUUCAUAGUGAGAAGAAUCAGGACAAUCCGAUGAUUGAUGAAACAGACUUCCUUGAAUCUUUUAAAAAGAUUCAACCCUCAUCAUUUCGAAGCGUCAUUGGACUGAUGGACAUCAAGCCUGUUGGCUGGGAGCAGAUUGGUGGUCUUGAAGAUGUAAAACUGAAGUUAAAACAGAGCAUUGAGUGGCCUCUGAAAUACCCUUGGGAAUUUGCUAGGAUGGGCCUGACACAACCAAAGGGAAUUCUCCUCUAUGGGCCGCCUGGAUGUGCUAAAACCACCCUGGUGAGGGCCUUGGCCACAAGCUGUCAUUGCUCUUUUGUUUCAGUGAGCGGAGCUGAUCUCUUUUCUCCUUUUGUUGGAGAUUCAGAAAAAGUCUUGUCUCAGGUAUUUCGACAAGCAAGAGCAAAUACUCCGGCAAUUGUGUUUCUGGAUGAAAUUGAUUCAAUCUUGGGAGCCCGAUCAAUCAGCAAAACAGGAUGUGAUGUUCAAGAACGAGUUCUUUCUGUUCUCCUCAAUGAAUUAGAUGGUGUUGGACUUAAGACAAUAGAGAGAAGAGGAAGUAAAUCAAAUCAGCAGGAGUUUCAAGAAGUUUUUAGUCGAAGUGUCAUGAUUGUUGCAGCAACAAAUAGACCUGACGUGUUAGAUGAUGCCUUGUUACGACCUGGAAGAUUAGAUAAGAUUAUCUAUAUUCCACCUCCAGACCACAAGGGAAGGCUUUCUAUUUUAAAAGUCUGCACAAAAACCAUGCCAGUAGGGACUGAUGUCUCCUUAGAAAACCUAGCAGAAGAAACCUGUUUUUUUUCUGGAGCUGAUCUUAGAAACCUCUGCAAAGAAGCUGCCUUGCUGGCUCUGCAAGAAAAUGGACUAGAAGCAACCGCAGUGAAACAAGAGCACUUUCUAAAAUCACUCAAGACUGUAAAACCAUCUUUAAGUCACAAGGACUUGACUUUAUAUGAAAACUUAUUUAAGAAAGGAUUUUCUAACUUAGAAGAUAUUUAAAAAUGAUUUUACACAUGGUUCAGUUUUUCAUAUUAAUUGAAAUGUGAAUUUGCUUAUAGUUUGCAACUUCACACUUUUAGAAUUUGUGUGUAUAUUUCCUGUAAAUAAAAAAACUUUUGCCUGAUAAGCUAAGGCUUAUCUUAUUUCUAAAAGAUAUAUUAAAAUACUGU